AUGCGUCAAGACGAGCAGCGUGCCUUCCAGAUGGCCUUGGAAGAUACAUCGGACAGAGCGCCAGAUGCCGUAGCAGUGCGUUUGCGCCUGGUUCAUGCUUUGCUUCGGAGCGAUGGAAUGAACUUGGAAUUGGCAGCCAGUGCAUUUGUGGAUGCUACCAGCUACAUCUCUCACUUGGCUCACGUCAGCAGAAGCUGUUGCCUCUCCUUGGAAGAAGAAAUGGAGCUUUGGGAAAGUUUGUUGAAGAUUCAGAGUGACAUGGAAUCUGCCAACCGCUUUAUCCAAUGGAGACGUAGUUUGUUGACUGCUCGGAAGCAGGGCUUGGAGAAGGUCGCUUUGCAAUGGCAACGGCGAGAUCCAGGUGCUUGGAUUCACACAGUCCUCGAUGCUGAAGAGCGGGAUGCUUUCUUUACAGCAGGUGUUUCUGAUAUCGAUUGCAUCGGAAUCAAAAACGAGCCCUUAUUCAAGUGCACGGAGCUCCCCACGCAAAGCUUAUGGCCAACCUUGCUGGAUGUCUUGCAGAAUAACAGCAUGAAGGAAGGCGUCUUCAGUACUUUGUUGGACAUGUGGGAACGCGGCUGCGCACCGGACAUGCAAGCGUUGGCCAUCAGGCCAGGUAGCCCAGUAAGAAGUCAUAAGCAUUGUCAGAUUUGUGUCAGGUGCAAAUCGGAAGUUUCACUCGCUUUCUUUGAUGGUAUUUUUCCCCACAUCUUUGUGUGGGGUUCUUGUUUUUGGUGCUGCAUCCCGUCCGCCUUCUCCCGCUCCGCCUCCCGUCGCCUCCCACACAACUUACUCACACACAACUUACUCACACACAACUUGCACACACUUGCUCAGAAAUAUCUUAUCGAAUUACUGAUGUGGAAUGUAUCGUACGUGCAAAAAAACACUCCAGUAAACCUGACAGGAGAAAUUGGAAGACCCUACGUGGAAAACAGUGCGAAGUAUGCUUUCUACGUCCUUGCUCAAAGGAAUGUUCUGAUGCAGCUUUGUCAGUCGUGA